GCUGUAAGACAGAAACGACAGCAGUUGGUGAACUCUGGAAAGAAGAGAAACGGUUUGAGGCUCAGCUGGAACUGCUCAGUAACUGUUAAAGGAAAGUUUGGAGAGAGAAAAGCUAGCAGAGAUGUGGAGACAGCAGGUCAAACAGCGACUGGAUGCAGCAGAGGAGCAGAGACACGAAAUACUGGAUGCUGCUUUCAGCCCCGAACAUCGGCUGCACACAUCAGAUGUUCGUCCCACUGCCGUGGUCAGAGAAGAUUCCCCGGAGGAGCCCAGCUCUGACUGGGACCCAGAACCCGUCCGGAUCAAGGAGGAGCAAGAGGAGCUCUGGGACAGUGUGGCAGGGGAGCAGCUGGACAUGAAUGAGGAGAUGGAGAGCACCAGAAGAAGAGUGAAGAGUGAGGACGAAGAUGAGGAGGAGAAGCCUCUGGUCUUACUGGGCGCUCUCCCCAGCAUCAGCUCAGUGAACCAGAUGAAGUCAGAAAGCGAUGAAGAGGAUGGAGAAGAAGGAAGAUCCAGAAGGAUCCCAGAUCCCAGCACACAUGGAGACACUUCCAGCUCUUCAGACACUGAAGUCAGCGAGGAGGAGGAGAGUGAUGAUGAGAACCACUCUGACGCUCAACUCAAGCCCUUGUCAGACUCUGAGGCUGAAACCGAAGGGAGUGAAGACGACUGUGAGGAGAGCGGCUUUCGCAAGGCGAAGGGGAGAUCUCACAGCAAACCUUGGAGCUGCACCGAGUGCGUUAAACGGUUCACCUCCAAGUGUUCCCUUCAGAGUCACAUGGCAAGUCAUUCACAACAAAGACCUGAUGGGAAGGAGGAGAAAUGUUUUAGUUGUGGCAUCUGUGGGAAAAGUUUCAAGAGAAAAAGUCAUUUAAACCUGCACACAAUAAUCCACACAGGGGAGAAACCGUUUGGCUGCGACGUCUGCAAACAAAGAUUCGGUCGAAAGUCUCACCUGAACAGACACAUGACCAUCCACUCUGGGGAGAAACCUUUCCAGUGUGAGAAAUGCGGCAGAAAGUUUGCCAGUAAAUGCCGCCUCAACUCGCACCAGAGAGUUCACUCUGACGAGAAACCAUUCGGCUGCGACAUGUGCGAGCAAAGAUUCAAGGACAAGUCGGCGGCGAACCGACACAUGAAAGCACACUCUGGAGAGGAACCAAUCAGAGAAAAGCAGUUUGGCUGCAACCAGUGCACUAAAAGGUUCACCAGUAAAAGUUGCUUGAAUUCACACUUGCGAAUCCACAGUGGAGAGAAACCGUUUGUUUGUGAUCUCUGUGGGCAGAAAUUCUUCUACAAGGCUAAUCUGAAAGCACACAUUCGGAUUCACACAGGGGAGAAACCCUACAGCUGUGACGUGUGUGGACAAGACUUCAGAUCCAAGUCCCAUCUAAACACCCACCAGAGAAUCCACACUGGAGAGAAGCCGCUCAACUGCGACGUUUGUGGACAGCGAUUCAGCCGUAAGUCGCAUUUAACCAGACACAUGAAGGUCCACACAGGAGAGAAACCCUUUGGGUGCGUUCAGUGCAGCAAGAGGUUCACCAACAAAACCGACCUGACCUUCCACCUGAGAAUCCAUACCGGGGAGAAACCGUAUGCCUGUGAUUUCUGCGGGAAGAGAUUCAUGGUCAAAUCGGCUGCAAACAAACACAUGAGAGUGCAUUCGGGAGUGAAGCCAUAUGGCUGCCAUCUUUGUGGGCAAAGGUUCACAGCGAAGCCCAGUGUGAAGAAACACAUGAUCAUCCAUACAGGGGAGAAACCCUUCUGCUGCAAUGUCUGCGGGUAUAGAUUCAACCUGAAGACCAGUUUAGACAGACACGUUAGGAUCCACACCGGAGAAAAACCAUUUGGUUGUGACGUUUGUGGACGGCACUUUAACCGCAAGUCCACUUUAAAUACACACAUGAAGAUCCACAGAGAAGAGUUGCCUAGAAAUGCAUCUUUGGAGGAAAUUUGAGUUCACAACUAACCCAACCAAUACACUUUACAGGUUUGUUUUGAAAUUGAUGUGAUUUGUGAACAGGAAUAAUAUUUCAUUUAUGGAAUCUGUUUGUGGAUGCUAAUACAGUUACAGCUUUAAUGAAAGGUAGCGGAUCAUUUUAGUUGUUUCUCAGGUUGUUGAGGUGUUUAUCUGGGAAAAUACAAACUGGUUUACCUGUAAUGUUUAUGGGCGAUAUCGGAUCUGGAAGGAAAAACAAACCUAAUAAACACUUAUCCUUGAGACCAGCUCCAUCUGAUCCACAGACAGAUGGAAAAGGAUGCAGUUCCUCCUUCUAACCACAAGUCCAGUUGAAUUAAUGGUUAGACUGAAGAGAAAACAGUCUGGUCACUUGGUGGAUUCCCUCCAAGCACAGGAUGGAUUCAGUUAGUGACUGAUUAGAGCAUUUAAGUCCUUUGAUCAAAAUAAGUUGGUUUGAUCUUGACUGUAAUGUGUCAGAGGAUCUUGUCAAAGGCCAGCCCCAAAAGGACUGGCUGCAGUAUGUUGUUACUGCCACAAGGGGGCAGUGACUGACAGAAAGAGGCUGACGUCUUGUGUACGAGUUCCUUCCGUCUGUAAAUAUUAGCUGUUAUUAGAACCGCUUGUGCAUUUUAAGUUGCUGAACUGAUAUUUAUUUGUAGUUUUAUAUUUAUUUUAAUAACCAGGCGCUUGUGAAAGGAACAUCAGCUGCUAAUUAAAAUGAUUCAGUUUUCAAAUAAUCAGAAGUUUGACUGAAAGCUCAGAAGAUCUGAACCGAUUACGGGUUUUACCAAUAUUUAUGUGACUCCAACCAGAAUCAUGCCUGUUUUCUGAUCUUCUGUUGCACACCUUUCCUGGUUCUGAUCCAGUUCUGACCCGGUCCGGUGCUCCACAGUUCAGCAGGAAGCCAUGUUGAUCUGAGACGGUUUCUCACGAUUAGCUCAGACUCAUCAUGCUGGAACCUCGUCCUUCUCCUGGUAACAGAACCUCAGAUCAGUACCGGUUCUGGACUCAAAGUGGUACCGACUCAUUUUGGCUUUUUUCUGUUCAUGUUUUAUGUUGAAAACGUAAAAUAAUCCAAGCUUUUUUCUAAGAUGAAAAUGUGAUUAAUAUUUAUUCUCCUUUAUUGAUGCUAUUUUGGAUCCACACCAGAAGCAGCUUGUUGUCUUAAUGAGGCUGUUUUAACUUCAGCUGCAUGUCGAUAAUCUGGAUUCUAACUCCAUAGCGGCUCGCGGUCGGUGCUAAAUGAUGCAGCAGGUCAGACCUCCAGAGUCGGGCAGUGACACAGGAAGGAAACGUUGAUGUGUGGAAGAGUUAACUUCCUGUAAACUCUCUGGCCUUAAGAACUGGUCUGAACGUUCUGAUUGGCUGCCGUCCUCCAGGAGCCCGCCCCUACCUGCUGAUGAAAGCGGUCUUUGUUCUGGCCGGGGCUAGCUUGGUUUCUUCUCAGGUAAAGACUUGACGCCUCAUGUAUGAAGCGUGAGCCACAUUUCACUCACGUCGGCUUGUAUAAAAAUGUACGUGGCGUGAAAGUUUACGUAGAUAUGCGUAAACUUUUGACCUGCCGUGAAAAUGUGCAGCAGCCAUACAAACUUUUGUGAACAACAAACUGCAAAGCACCAAAACUCACCUAAACACUGAAACCUGAAUUCAGUUAUUAAGACAAGAUGUUUUUUCAUGGUUUUAAUCUUUUAUUGUUUAAACUGAACCACAUUUAUCCUCAGAAAAUAACAUCACACACAGAAUAAAUCAAAUAAAAACAAAAGGAUGAGAAAACCUCAGUGGAACGUAAAUAGUAAGUUUCUUCAGUUUGGUCUCUUACAGCUGUAACGUCGGUCUGUGUGCUGAAUGCAUGAAAUGCCUGCUGUCUGCUUGGUCAUUUCAUUCUGACUGGAGAGAAAACAGGCUGAUCAGCAGAUGGAUCCACCAGGUUCGGUUCUGAUCAGGAGACGAUCAGGUCCAUCAGCAGCUGAUCCAGGUGAGCCGCUACCUGAGGAGCUUUGGCUCUGAUGGAGGAUUGAUCACAGAUCAGAUCCAUCUGAUGGUCGAUCAGCGUUUAGAUUCAUCCUGGAGCUCUGAGCAGAACUUAGAGCGGUACCAGCGGUACCGGUCAGCAAAAAGCAUCUCCAUUCUGUAAAUGUGCAACUUAUACACAUGAUUGCUCUAUUUAGAAUAAACGUCCACAUUCCC